AUGGCACGACAAGACAAUGUGACCGCUGAGAAGACCAGAAGACAGUCACUGAAGCUGCCACACAAAGAUCAUUUAUCCGCUUCCUUCCCCAGUACCCGGCUGACCAAGAAAGGGAAAUGCGCCCAAAACAUCAAGAACGGACAAAAGCAAUUCCCUCUUCGACGAAGCACUCGUCUGAACCGCUUGAAUGAGGUUACUGAGCAUCAAGCAGAAGCCAGCCGGCAGCCUCUACCUUCUCCAGUCAGCGACAUUAAAUGUCCUAAUAGAGCGCAACCACCUCUUACCCUACUCCCAUCGAAGCCUCCGAAGCGGAAACGAGAAACUGCCCUCUCUGAAACGACCGCGAACAUCUCGUCCUAGAUCCUCCCUUCCGGACGUUAAUUCUAUUACAUAUUGGACGCGGACACUUAGCUGGCCGGAAGGAUACUCCAACGAAAGUGGCGAAAUGAGUCAUCUAUUGGCGAGAAAGAAAUCCAGCGCCUCGCUUCAUCGAAAGCGAUCGGAUAGCGAUUCUGGCGCACCAAGCUCAACCACACCGAGUGAUCAGAAGCCUGGAGAAGAGAAGAGUGCGUCUUAUCAAGAUGUGCGUUAUAAGACCGUGCUUGCUACAAAUGAUAGCUUCAUGGGCAAAUAUAGGCAUGGGGCUACGAGCGACAGCAAGCGAUUGUGCCAACAGCUCCUUAACGCGCAACAAUCAACACCACAAGAUGCAAUGUUUUCCGACGACCACUUCGAAGAUAACCUGUGAAGCAAUAAGAAACAAGAAUGAGGCUAGGGUGGUCCGAGAUAUCUCACUUUUGAUUGUCAUUUCGGAGCCAGGGCUA